AUGUCCUCGCUGGAAUUGCCAAACCGUGGCUUAAUCAUUGUAAUUAUCGAAGCAAGUGUCUGUCUUCUCUUGAACAUCAUAAGUUUCUUGGGAAAUGCUCUGGUUUGUUUAGCAGUGUAUAAAAAUCCAAAACUCAGAUCAACCAUCAAUAUGUACAUCAUCGCUUUAGCAGUCAGCGAUCUGUUGUGUGCUACAUUGGAAAUGCCUUUGGCGUCUGCCGUACUUAUUCUGGGGAAAUGGGAUUUCGGCGUUCCAUUAUGCGAAAUUGACGGUUUUGUGGAUGCGUUCGUUACGUACGUAACACCAGCGACUAUGGGCCUGACAGCUUUCAACAGGUACAUGCGUGUUGUGAAAAGCAAACAAUACAACAAGGUCUUUUCAUCGCGGAAAACGAAGAUUUGGAUUUGUUCCGUGUGGCUCUUUCUCGCCAGUUAUCUGUUCGUUGCUCGAGUCACAGGCUGGCUAAAGUUUCAGUUCAUUCCUGGGUACGCAGUCUGUAGCGUUGCCUUCACCAAAUCAGGCAACAGAAAUAUUCAUUACUGCCUUGUAUUCAUCUUCUUUUUUGCUCUACCGUUCCUCGCUGGUUGUGUCAGUUAUUACAAAGUGUUUGACAAAAUUCGUCAACAUAAACUGGACGUGGCGCCAACUUUGCAAAACACGAAUCAAACAGAGAUAGCGAGAAUCUCGGUACAAGAAAUAAGUGUUAGUAGAGUUUUGUUUUAUGUAGCGGCUGGGUUCCUGGUUUGCUGGAUACCCAUGUGGACAUUUAUAUUUUGGAAGCGAUUCUUUCCAAACACAGCUCCCAGACUAAUACAGUUACUAGUUAUAUUUUUCUUAUUUCUUAGUAGCACAAUAAACCCUUUUAUAUACGCCACAACAAAUCGUGUUUUCAGAGAGGAAUUCUACAAUUUGAUGUGUUGGUGGAGAGUCAGGAAAGUAACACCGGAUUCUGUGAUAGGCAGUGACAGGAGAGACACUCGAAGAAACGAGUCACAAGUUUAACAUUGUACUCACUCAGAAGACAGUAAAAUGCACAUAAUUUUAAGAAAUAAUUUAAAUCUUGUGUUGAUAUUUCGCUUAUAUAUUCAAUUGCUUAAAGUUUAAGGAAUUCAAUUAAAGAUCGAGAAAAAAAGAACUGGAAAAGUUUCUCUAGAAGAACGAAGAAGCCUUCGUUUUUUUAGUAAUUUGAUCAAGGAAGUACCGCUAGCUUUUGCAAGAAUAAUCUUAGAAUACCUCGCUGUUAAAACUUUAAAUCGAUUUUUAAAGAAGCGACCAAAUGAGGAAGUUCUAUAAUUAAACAAAUGUCUCAUUAAAAAUACACUUUCUUGCUGAAUUACCCUGUUUCCGAUUUGCGUGUGGAUAUGCUAUUAAUAGUUGUUGGAACCAAAGUUGUUUUGCUUGGGAAUAUUGUGCGCAGUUUGAUCCUUAGUUUUAUAUGCUUGUAUCUCUUUUAUCAUUAUUAUUACUAUUAUUAUUAUUAUCAUUAUUAACCCAAUAAUUUAGUCAAAGCGACCUUCCAUUUGAUUAAUGACAAAUUCGUUGCAUUAAUAUUAGUUUCUUAAGUUGUUGUUAAAGUUUGCCAGAUAUAGGCAAAAGUUGAGAAUUUACAUGUCAUGAGAUUUUUUUAGAACCGAUGUACAUUUUUUUAGUAUAGAUCUGGUAUAGUUUGUUUGCCUUGUAUGGGCCUUGUAUGUACUUAAUUAAUACUAAACGAAAUAUCUUACAGUUUUUCACUCUGAAACUAGUUAAAAGACCUUCGCACUGAUUCACCCUUUACUGUACCAAAAUAAUGUGGACAAAAUUUGGUCACUUGAAUUUGCUCGCCUAAACGAUUUUUUUCUUUUUUUGAUACAUCAGUUUGUCAAAAGCUUACGAUUCUAAAAUCUUCGAAUUCUAUGAGGCCUUUAUUUUAAAAUAUCAACUCCAUUAGGCUUUGUAUCAUUUCAGAAUAUGGAAAAUAUGUUUCAUACAUAUAAAGAGAAAUUUUACUUUAAUAAUAACCAGUUUCUUCCUCUACUAUAUUUUAUAUUUUUUCAGACUCCUCUCGAAGUGAGUUCGUACAAUUUAUGAAAUAUUAAUUUUUUUUUGUUAUCUUAGAACGCGCAUUUUUAGAAGCAACCUUAUGUAGUUUCAUUAAGAGUCAUAACUGGCAUUCUCUACGAGUCAAAUGAUUAUGAUUUCUGGUCGGAAUGCAGCAGAAGAUGACCAAGAAAUUUAAACUACAGAAAUUAGGGAGGCGUUGGUUAAAGGAAUCAUGACACCUUAAUAAAAAUGGCUUUUCUUGUCCCGACAUUUAUCCGAGAACAUUUCCAAUCUCGAUAUUAAGAACUGUUCAUAGCAAUAGAAUGCCCUUAUAGAGACAACUAUAUUCUCUCUUGACUCUAGUUACCAGGAAACUACAUGUAUUUCUUUGUUCUCUUAAUACAAUCAAUUAGUCUGACACAAGGACAAAGAUUUCUUCUCUGAAUUAAAAAUGGUGCACUGGUGUGACGUCAUUCUCCUUGACGUAACUCUCUUCAAUGGGCCUUUUUUACGAAGACGAUAAUUGGCAACAACUACCAGAAUUUAUCUCGUUUUUGCUUUUUUCUUUAAAUUUGUCAAUUCUAAUGAGGGUUAAAAGACAAUAGCCCUAAUUUUCACAAGAAAACAACCAACUGAGGGAUUCUGAUGUAUAUACAAAAUGACGUCAGUCGUCCUAUUGAAAUGAUUUACUUUUGAAGUGAAAGAAAAAUGGCUUUUGCGCAAUAAAUACUGGCUGAUUUUGACCUUAUUUUGCACUGAGUAAUUGUAAGGUCACUAAUCAGUAACCAAACCAAAAUGGCUGCCAUUUAAAAUUAUAAUGAUAUACCCGCGUUGGGAAAUGCAACGUCAUUUCAGAUAUAAAGUAUACCUGUGAUCAACCAUACUCAAUACAGUGUCAGACGGUUUAUGCCCCUUGAAUGUUUCGGAUCAUUUCCAUAGGUUCGUCAGUUCGAUUAAAGAGUAGUCUUGAAUUUAUGAGUGGAUUGGACUGGAGGAAUUCCCUUCGCCCCAUGUAAGGGAAUAGGUAUUCCGGAAUCCGGGAAGUUUUGCUUGGGAAAUUCGGAAUCCGGGAUACUUGUACUUGUGGUAUCCAGAAUAUUGGGCUUUUGAUUCCGGAAUACACCGAAAGGAAUCCCGAAUCCCACUAACGAUUGGAACCCAGAAUCCACUGACAAAGUAUCUGGAAUCCGGAAUCCACGGCGCGCAAUCCAGAAUCCAAGACUGUCUUGGAUUCCUUCUUAACCAGUGGAUUUUCCCAGGAGCCCAAAACACCACAGGGAACCCGAAGGUUAUAUUUGCGUCAUCAUGAUCAGUUGCUAUAUACCUGGUUUUCUGAGACCUGAGUCGGGAAGGGAUUUGAAUCAGAUCACAAACGGCGUUAAAAACCUUAUCUGGUGCGUCGUAAAUAUACAGGGUGUCCCAAAAAUUCGUUCCUAUCCAAUUUCAUAAGCUGAAACUUUUGAUCAAAACUUUAUUUUUACACGAAAUUUUUAAAAGAUGUUUAUUGCUCUUUCGGGUACAUGUAUUCAGGACUUCAGUAACCGGCAUGCCCCAUUUGUUUUUUAUCACAUUCUGUAGCCGUUGUGGCAUUGAGUGCGAUAUGUCAUGUAGCGUGUAGAGCCACAGAUGAUUCAUUUUAAGCUUUUUUAUCACCUCAUGGUAUGCAGGAGCUACUUCGACCCCCCAAAACAAUAUAAUAAUAAUAAUAAAUACAAAAACAAUAUAAUUUAAAUAAAUAUUUUGGGCAUUGAUCCAAAAAAAGAUAAUCAUCCAGGCCCCUUUCCGCUGUAAGGCUUUUGCACUUCUUUACAAAUUUGAGACGAGCUGAAGGUUGCUUGGCGGACUGAGUCAAGGUUUUUUUUUUUUCGGCCAUCUCAGGGGCCUCCAAACUUUGCUUUUCAUGAACCUGCUCCAGACUUACCUUGCUCACGGUUGUAAGAGCGACCUCGCCGGGUUUCCUCUUUUGCACCUAGCCUUCUUUAAUGAGCAGUUUUAUUCAGGACUUUCGGUCUUCCCCCUCAUUUCUUGUCUUUAAAACCUUCACUUCUCGAUGACCAUCUUACCACCCAGUAAUUUCUUUAACUGAUAAGCCAGUAGAUCGAAGUAUACAUGCUUAUGUUCUCACGUAGCUGAGUGUGUUUUCGUUGUGAGGGUUUAUCUUUCAAGAUAUUAACAAAACACAAAAAAGGAGUUCGAGCAAUUCGAAAAACACAGAAUAUAUGGCGGGAAAAUUUACUCGCGCGCCUUUGGCGCGAAAGCAAACAAAUCGAAUAUUCGAGUCAAAAGAUGGCACAACAAGUACAGACUUGUAAAGUAGAGGAACGAACUUUUAGGACACCCUUUAUAUAGGAGGCAACAGAAGAGUUAAUAAUUUUAAAUAAUAAUUUAAAAUUGGAGGCUUAACUACCGCAUCCUAUUUACGUCUUCUAUCAGAUUAAUUAAAUCUCUUAAAAAUGACUCAUAAAGAUUCAGAAAAUCAGAUAAAUAACAUGGGCGGAUUUAGGUUUAGAAUUUCACCACAAACGCAUCACAAUAGAGUACAAACGCAAUUAAGCAUUGUAUUUAAUGCAAGCUGUUUGAUCAACUUUUUCUAUUCCUUUUCUUGCUCUCCACAAAACAGUUUUUAUCGUAUGUGACUGACCGGCUGGUAAUCUAAACGGUGGGCUCUUAGGUGUCCAAAAUAACCUGGCAACACUAGCCAACACUGCCCACUUAGUUUUGAAUUUUUCUAUAGGGUAAAAUAAGGUCACAGAGUGAGCACUUCAAAUUAAAAAUGGCUUCGUCAAUAUUCUUUGUAAGGAGGACAUCUUAUGGUGCUUGUAUAAUUUUUAACAUCAUGCGGUUUGGUUUUUUCCAAUUUUGACCUUUGUCGAGGCUUGAAAAAAAAAAAACCUGAUUCGUUUUCCGGCUUUUAAUGUUUUUUUUUUGGGGGGGAAGGGGGGGGGAAGGGGGGGGCGUGGGGGUUGAGAUGGUUGAGAUGAUUUAUCUGCUAUGUGGGCGGUCAUGUUGACCGGCUACCAUGUUGUAUAUUAUAGCAAAAUUCAUUACCUAACUCGUGAAUUCCACUUUAAAUUGCACGCGAAAACUGAUAACGCUUAGCCUCGUUUUCAACUCGCAAUUCCACACUAAAUACCUCGCUUCGUUAACCAAUCAGAAUGCCAGAUUUUACUCAAUUAUGCGAUUCUACAUUAAAAUUGAUACAUAUAACGGAUAUAAAGGUCUAAAAGGCGCAAACGAGAGAGAUAGAACAAGGCCAGCCAACUUAUAGACAGUGUUUUUGGCAUAGUAUAAGACGCCCCCAAUACUGUUAACACAGAAUAAUUGGCUGCUUUUGCUCUCCGGGUGAGAUCAGUCGCUGGUGAUUUUAAAGACAUGUCAUGCUUAUGCCACCUUGGCAAGAUUCUUCCCGCCAAACAAAACAAAAGCCAAAAAACCGCUGGCGUUGAACCAAAGAAGAGGCGACCCAAUGGACAUCCAGUUUUUCUUUCAUUUCAGCGAUAUGGAUCUCUGGAGACUGCUGUAGUUUCAAAAUACUUCUGAAAAUUCAUGCCUCCGUUGGUAAUUCGAUUGAUUCGAUGCUGACAGCCUUUGUAAUAAGGCAAGCUAAAAGAAAGCAAAUACUAAUGUCGACUUUUGACUGCUGUUUGUUUUAAAUGAGAAAAUCCAGGUGGGAGGCUAAAGCCUAGUCCGCGUUUUCUCGAAAAAUUCAUUUACGUUCAACACAAAUUGGUCAGGGUCAAGAUUUAGUCUCACGGACUUCGUGAAAACGAAACCAUUGGGACGUAAACGCUUCAAUACGAGUUAAUAUAUUUACCGGCAUAUAUUGACGGAAACGAGUGUCACCUGCCAUCUGUCUGAUGGCAACGUUUUACUUAAUACCAGACCAGUAUGGGAGAGAGACAAUUUCUUUUCUAAGGUUGUGUUUGUAUUCAAUAUUCAUUGAUUGGAUUUAUAAAUGUACAGUUGUACUAGUGAACUUAGCUCGAUUUUCUGUCUUUAGGUAAUUAUUCAGUUAUCACCUACAAUCACGAUUUCACCGUAUCGGACGAGACUGUUGAUUUAACAGAUCGUGUGAUACAUAUAUAUAUAAUAUAUUUUUUUUCAUUUCAGCUUAUUUUGAACCUGCCACAAACUAAAAAAAAAACACUUACAUUCAAUUGCAGCAUAGUCUGAUUACUCACAUACAAACUCAUUUCUCAGUGAAAUUUUGCGCAAAAGUUUCUUCAGAGCGCAGCGCACUGAUGCAAAAUGACUUAUGAACUUCCUACCAGAAGCUUAACCCUCGUCGUUCUAGAAUCCACGAUUUGCCUCGCACUUAACAUUGGCAGUCUUGUAGGCAAUGCCAUGCUCUGUUUGACCGUCUAUCGCAAUCCAAGGCUGAGAUCAACAACAAAUCUCUACAUCAUCGCAUUGUCUGUGGGCGAUCUGAUGUGUGCAGUUCUGGAAAUGCCACUAACGUUUUGGACUUUGGCUGUAGGAAAAUGGGUGUUCGGCAACGGUGCGUGCCAACUUCACGGCAUCGUGGACGUGUUCUCAACGUACAGUCCACCAGCUACCAUGGCUCUCACGGCGUUUAACAGAUACAUACGCAUCGUGAGGGCUGACCAUUAUGGAAAAAUAUUUUCUCCUUGGCGUUCUAAAGUCUGGCUGUUUUGUGUGUGGUUCAGCCUCGCUGGAUAUCUUCUUAUUGCGCGCGUAACAAAUUGGCAAAGAUACGACUUUGUUGUCGGUUUUGCCGCGUGCAGUGUGGAACAUUACACAGAAAACAGGAAACUUAUUCAUUAUUGCUUUGUGGUGUCGUUAUACUUUGGCGUUUCAUUUUUAGUUGCAAUAUUCUCUUACUACAAUGUGUUUCAGGCAAUUAGGAAGCACCAUUUACAAGUAGCAGCCAGACUGUACAGCGAGUCAACGACUUGCACAUCGCAAACGCUUAGAGUUUCAGUACAAGAAAUUAAAGCCACUAAAACGAUCGCUUUUGUGACGUUAGGUUUUACCCUUUGUUGGAUACCGAUGUGGGGACUUUCUCUGACCAACAGAUUCUCCUCGAGCCCUGUACCAAGAAUAAUCCCAUUACUCGUAAUCUUUUUCGUCUUCUUAAGCACCUCCAUCAAUCCCAUUGUCUAUGCUGCCACAAACACUGGAUUUCGACAAGAAUUCCGCAAAAUGGUGAUCUGUUUCAAGCCGAAAGCAAACCUUUCCUCCCUGCGUAUAGGAGCUGUAUGA